AAUGGUGCCGCGUUGUUUCGUCUCGGUUCUUCAUUUCUCUAUCUCUCUCUUUCUCUCUUCCUUCUCUCCUCUCCAGACGACCGAGAAGGCGAUAUCUCUUCUUCGCCGUGGCUGUUCUUCUUCUCGGUGGCUCUCUAGGCGGGUCGUGUUGAUGAAGGAAAACGGAAUCCCCUCUAUCGGUUGGUCUCAUCGGCGAAGGAUAACAGCGAGAUCUCUCUUCUUCGCCGUGGCUCUUCUUCUUCUCGGUGGCUCGAAAGUGAUGAAGAGGCAUGAUCGAAGCUCAAGCUUGGGCUUUGUCUGACAAACCCCCACGAUUGUUCAUAAGGUGAGACAGUACACGUUUGGAAAUCAUGUUGCUAGUUGUCACGGGAGUGGAGAGUGGAGUGGAGAGUGGAGUGGAGUCACGAGUGGAGAGUCCUAUCUUGUCUUGUAGUUGUCGCGGGAGUGGAGAGUGGAGUGGAGAGUCCUGUCUUGUCUUGUAGUUGUCACGGGAGUGGAGAGUGGAGUGGAGAGGAGAGUCUGUUUAUCUUGUCUUGUAGUUGUAUUAUUUGAAGUCACGAGAGUGGAUCGUUCUGUAGUUGUAUUAUUAUUUGCCUCUUGUAACACAAGUGUAUAUUUUCCUUAUAAAUUGACUUGUAUUCUCUCAUUCACAACUCAGCAGACUCUCUUUCACAACUUAUCAAACGAGUUCUCUCAUUUCACUAUCUCGUCUCUCUCAUUCUCUUAUCUCUCAUUAUCUUUUUAUUUCUUGUUCUAAGUUUCAUCAAAAGACUUCUCUUUUUUUUUCAAUACAAUUCAUGGCAUCUACAGACCCGUUUGAUGAUAUGUUCGAACAAUAUUUUGAUCAAGCAUUUGAGAAUCUGGUCAAUGCUCAAGAUGAUCAAGAAGAUGAAAGAAAGAAAAGAAAAAAACGAGUUUUUAUCGAAAGGAAUCGUGAAGAAGGCAAUAUACGUCUAUGGAACGAUUAUUUCAGUGAAACUCCAACGUAUGCUGAAAAUCUUUUCCGACGACGAUUCAGAAUGAACAAAUCAUUGUUCAUAUAUAUUGUGAAUCGUCUCUCCAAUGAAGUUCCAUUCUUUCAACAAAAAAAAGAUGGUUUCGGAAGGCUUGGUCUCUCAAUACUUCAAAAGUGUACAGCAGCUAUACGUGUGUUGGCGUAUGGUUCUGCCCUUGAUGCGGUCGACGAAUACCUCAGGCUCGGUGCAACCACGGCACGGUUAUGUGUGGAAAAUUUUGUGGAGUCAAUAGUAAAUAUGUUCGGCGAUGAGUAUCUAAGAAAACCAACACCAUAUGAUCUGCAACGUCUACUUCAUGAUGCAGAGAAUCAUGGAUUUCUCGGGAUGAUAGGAAGCAUCGAUUGUAUGAAUUGGGAGUGGAAGAAUUGUCCCACCGCUUGGAAAGGGCAAUUUGCUCGGGGUUUGGGAAAACCCACUAUCGUUUUAGAGGCGGUUGCUUCAUACGAUCUCUGGAUAUGGCAUGCGUUUUUUGGAGCUCCAGGUACCUUAAAUGAUAUUAAUGUUCUGGAUCGCUCACCUGUUUUUGAUGACAUAAUAAAUGGUGAAGCCCCACAAGUGAAUUUCUCGGUAAAUGGAAAUGAGUACCAUAUGGUUUAUUAUCUCACCGAUGGCAUUUAUCCAAAUUGGGCAACUUUCAUCCAAUCUAUACGACUUCCACAAGUGCCGAAAGCAGUCUUAUUUGCGCAACGUCAAGAAGCUGUCCGAAAAGAUGUUGAGCAUGCUUUCGGAGUUUUACAAGCUCGAUUUGCCAUUGUUAGAAAUCCGGCACUUUCUUGGGAUAAAGUCAAGAUCGGGAAGAUUAUGAGAGCAUGUAUUAUACUCAAUAAUAUGAUAGUAGAAAGCGAACGAGAUGAAGGUACUCAAUUUAAUCUUUCAGAUUUCGAAGAAGGAGAAGCCAGCAGAAGUUCACAUGUCGAUCGUCGAACAAGGAGAAGGCCUACAAAUAUUGCCAAUCAGAUGGGUGUUCGAACUGAAAUUCGUGAUACAAAUGUGCAUGCACAACUAAAACGGGAUUUGGUCGAACGUAUAUGGGCUAAAUUUGGAACUGAUUAAAACAACAACUGAACUUCGAUGCAUCUUUGAAAUUAUUAUCGUUUGUUUUUGUACUUUUUUUAUUUUUUUGUUUUUAUGUUUUUUUUAUUCUAUGUUUAAAAUGUUAUGUUUAAAAUGCUAUGUUUAAAUUUUAUCUUCAAUAAAAUUAUGUUUAAUAAUUUAUUUUAAAAAAGAACCUCUAAUUAAGAGACAAACAAUAAACCACUAAAAUUAAAAGUCUCUUAACGAUGUCUCUUCUCUUGAUUUUAAUAAUUAAAAAAUUCAUUAAGGACAAUUUAAGAGACAUUAAGGGUCUCAACAAUAAACAUGCUCUUACACUACAUGGCAGUUUUCCACUUUCUAAUAACAAUAUAAGCUAGUUUAUGUUCUUCACACACUUUCUUUUCUUCCGAUACACGUUUUAUCUCUUCCAAUUCAUAAAACAAUUGAAAUCUAAUUAAAUCUUAACUAAAUAAGAAAAUAAAAUUUAUUUUUAAUCUUUUUUAAUUUGACAAUUUAUGGUUUUUCUCUUUUUUUAUUUAUCUUUCUCUUGUAUCAUCAGAUUCAUAUCUGUCCUCAUGUCCCUGAAUGAUUAUUUUUUUUGUAAACUAAGCUACAUUUGCGUAAAUUUGUUUUUUUGUUGUUGUUUAUUUUAUUUUACUCUCUAACAUAAUAGUUUGAAGUAUUUGAUCGGUAACUUAGUGCUUUUAUUUUCAUUUUUUUUGUUAUUUAGACUUUAGACAAGAAUCAUUUGCUGUUGACAAGAUCUUAAAAUAUAUUUCUUUCAGCCCUUUCAAAGAACCCAUCUUCUUAAGGAAUAAGCUUCAUGACUCUUCAACUAUUUCUUUGAAGGAGUUUCUAGCUACGUAUAAGAAGCAGAGUUCAUCAAGUUUUGUAGUUGAGGAAAGUGGAAGCUACCAACUUAGGAAGAUGAACUCAAAUAAGUCUUAAGGGUUUGUAGAUCUGUCUAUCAGUAUAUCUGUAGAAAGACAAUACUUUGGAGGUUUUACUAGUAAUGUCUCUGAAUUAUGUUCAAUUAGCAUUUGUCUAGAAUAUGUGAGGUUUUACUGGUAAUGUCUUUGUACUAUGUUUAUUUAACUUGUGUAGAUGGGAUGAAGGUGAAACCGACAUAGAUGAGUUCUCAUCUUAUGAUGAUAUGCUUGGUGCACAAGAUUUCACUCACAAUACAAGUUAAGAAGGCCAGAGAAUAUGUAUUUCCAAGCUCAUCAUUUUAGAAAACCUAUUAGAUGUACAAGUGAACUAAUGUACAUGUAAGGUUUUGGAAAUGUAUGUACAUGUGAACAGUGCUAAUUAUGUGUACAUGUUUGAUAAUUAUGUGUACAUGUUCGCAAGUUUUGUUUUUUGUACACAUGUAUGCCCACAACUUCUAUUGUACACAUGUACACUCACGGAUGUGCGCAAUUUUGUUGUUGUCAAUGAGAUUAUGAUAGAGAUACAAAAGUU